CUGAAAUGGCAAAUAUCACGCACGAAGGGAUCGUCACCAUUGCUUGUUCCUGGACCUUCGCGCUCUUGGCAUUACUCUCUCUAUGGGCUAUCUAUUUGGCUCGACGAAGGGAAGCCGGCAUUGUGCGCUCAGAGGAUCUUUUAGUCUAUUUUGCGUUUCUGUGUUCCGUUGUUUUGACAAGCAUCACGACAUGGGCAGUCCUUCGAGAGGGUUUAUAUCAACAUCUAAACAGCGUGCCCUAUAGUGAAAUGGAGCUCAUUGCAAAGUCGCUCGUUGCGAACGAAGCGCUAUGGUCACUCGUAAACACCUGUUUUCGGGUUGCUGCUUGCUGCUUUAAUAGGAAGAUCUUCUCCUUCAGUCCAACCAGCACAGUCAUGGUGGCCAUGAUCGUCCUCUCCGUCCUUCACUUUUUGGCUGCUUUGCUCGGAGGGUUCCUGAUAUGCCGACCAGUCUCAAAAUCCUGGAACCCCGCCGUACAAGGACAAUGCGGUAAUGAGUUUGCUGCUUAUUUGAGCUUUGAGAUCAUAGGAUUAGCUUUAGAUAUAACGAUCAUUCUUUGGCCGCUUAAAGAUAUUAUAAAUCUAAAAUUACCAUUUCGGAGAAAAGCCGGUAUCCUUUUCAUCUUCACCGUUGGAAUACUAAUAGUGAUUAUAACCGGACUGCACAUGAAAGGCCUUACCACGGUGGACUUCCAAGACUGGAGCUAUUCGAAAGGGUAUCUCGGACUUUUAUCAGCACUCGGAUCGUAUUCUUCCGUCUUCCUAUGUGUAGUGCCUGCUAUUCCACGUAUGUUUAGAAAUUUUAAGGAAAGAAUGGCAGAGAGAAGAGUGGAUAAGGCAAAAAGAAGAGAGACCACGGAGAAGCUUCGGUCGCUGGGACUGAAAUUCUCAAAGCAGGCUAUAGCGGACCCUGAAUUGUCAGCCAUUCUCAAGGAAGAAGCGAUCGAUCAAGAAGAGGAGAUCUCCCUUGACGAUGUUGUAAUGUGGUCGAAUUUGGAAGCUUUUUAG